AUGUCGAUAUUGCCUGCAGUCGUUGGCUGGUUAUCAAUCUGUUGCUGGAUCGUCGUGUUUAUACCUCAGAUAUGGGAAAACUACCGCCGGAAAUCUGCUGAAGGCCUGUCCAAAACAUUCUUGGUCAUAUGGACUUGUGGAGACGUUUUGAACCUAGUCGGAAGCAUCAUGAACGAACUGCUCCCCACUGUCAUCAUACUAGCUGCAUACUAUACUGCUGCUGACGUCUUAUUGGGCCAGUUUUACUACUACCAAGAGAAAACAUAUCAAAAGGACGAGCUUCUGGCAGACGACGAUGAGAGAGCACCACUACUGAACCCAUCAUCAGCACCAGUCAUAGUAGUGCCUGAUGAAUCGACUGGCCAGAACGAUACCCAAGUGAUGCACGAUGGUUCUAAUAGUCAGAACGGCGCCCCUACUGAAUCCGCUAGUAGCAAUAAGAAGAAUGUACCGAUGAUGGCAAUCACACUCUUCCUCGCAUUCCAUACUGUUAAUGUAAUGACUACCGCUACCCAAAGAGGGAUAGUUCUAAGUAACCCUAUAACACCAUCCAUGGUACCAUCGCCAUUUGAGAGAUUCUAUGGCGACCUAGCUGGAUACGCUUCAGCCAUCUUGUAUGUGGGCUCAAGAUUCCCUCAAAUCACUAAAAAUCAUCAGAGGAAGUCCACUGAAGGACUCAGUGUUGGAUUUUUUAUACUGGCUGUAGUUGGAAAUGUGACGUUUUGUGCAUCAAUACUAAUGGAGUCGCUAAGCAAAGAAUAUCUAAUGGUCAAUCUACCGUGGUUGCUGGGAAGUGGAGGUACCCUGCUGCUAGACUUUUACAUCUUGGGGCAGUUCUUGAUAUUGGGGACUGCUAAAGAAGAGAACACUAUGAGUCGAAUAGCUCGGAAUGUGUUUGGAAUUUGCAACCGCAUCAGCGUUCAGCAAGGAACUGUGCAUCAUCCAAAACCAACAGAUCUCAAUAUAAGCCGAUUCGGCGUAAACAUACGUAAUCAUACGUCCUCGAUACCACGACAAGCCAAUUUCACCAAACUUCAAAUCAAAGACAUUACACAUUUCCUCGCAACAUUACCAAAUGGAUGUGUGCUGACGGACAAGUCUGAUCUGGAGCAAUACAACACUGAUUGGUUCAAGAAAUACAAGGGUAACGCACAAGCAGUUUUACUGCCGAAAUCUACUCAAGACGUUUCCUCAAUAAUGAAGUACUGCUAUGAAAACACGAUUGCAGUGUGCAUCCAAUCUGGAAACACAGGACUUGUUGGAGGAAGCAUUCCUGUACAUGACGAAGUCAUUAUAAGCAUGGCUAAAAUGAACAAGAUCGAGGCUUUUGAUUACCUUUCUGGAAUUGUGACUGUAGAGGCAGGGGUUGUACUAGAAACGCUAGAUAAUUAUCUGCGAGAUCAAGGAUAUACCGUUCCAUUGGACUUGGGAGCUAAGGGGAGCUGCAUGAUAGGAGGCAACAUAUCAACAAACGCUGGAGGUCUACGAUAUUUAAAAUAUGGGUCGCUUCAUGGCACGGUGUUGGCUCUAGAGGUCGUUCUUGCAGAUGGGACAAUCAUGAAAUGUGGAAACGCUGUUCGCAAGGACUCAUCUGGUCUCAAUCUAAGGCAUAUGUUCAUUGGGUCAGAAGGAACUCUUGGAAUCAUCACAAAGGCCAGCAUCGUGUGUCCGAAGAGCCCGAAAAGUGUAAAGACAGUCUUAUUGCAGAUCAAAGAUUGGGAGAACGUUCUAAGCGUCUUCCGUGUUGCCCGAACCGAGCUAUCAGAUAUCCUCAGCGCCUUUGAAUUCUGGGAUCGUCAGAUACAUUCAUACAUCGAAAAAUACAUACCACACAAGUCACCGCUACCCACUCCAAACGAUGAUCACUUCCACGUCAUUGUCGAAACACGGGGUAGUAACGAAUCGCACGAUGAGCAAAAACUUGCUCGUUUCUUUGAGUUGGUAGAGCCGUAUGUUGUGGAUGGUGUUGUGGCUCAGGACAUAUCUCAGCAGGCGUCGAUUUGGAGGAUUCGAGAUGGGAUACCAGAAGCACUUGGCAAAUCCGGUGACGGUUGGAUCAAAUGGGAUUUCAGUCUCGAUACCAAACGAAUGUAUAAAAUGGUUCAAGAUCUCCAGUCUCAUCUUCAAGGCGUGGCUGGAGUCAAGAAUGUGAAUGGAUUUGGUCAUAUGGGUGAUCAAAACUUGCAUUUGAAUGUCAUGACUGAAUCAAAUAGCACUUGGAAUAUCGAUCCCAAUAUAACAAAGGCUGUUGAGCCUUGGGUCUAUGCUUAUGUGCAUGAUCUUGGUGGUUCUGUUAGCUCAGAGCAUGGACUGGGCCAGCUCAUGGCUCCUUUUGCCUCAUACUCAAAAACAGAACAGGAACUCGCCUUGUCAAAAGCAUGGAAGGAGAUGCUGGAUCCCAAAGGCAUUCUGAAUCCGUACAAGUUCUAUUGA